AUGUUUACGACCUGUGUUUUCUUAAUCUGUCUCUCUUUCUACAACUUUCGUAAUUCUUCCUGUCUCGCCCCUUCUACAUCUCGGUUUCUUUUCUUUUCUUUCCACAACUCUCUUCCUCGGACAGUAGUUUACUCAUGA